AUGGCAGGAAGUAGUAGAAAGGUCGAAGUGACAGCGCAAACUGUCAAGGGUGCCUCGGAGAUCGAUGUUAUUUUCUCCAGCGCUUCGUUUAAGGCCGUAGGGUUAGGUUCGAUCGGGGAGGAGGCGAGGAGGGAGGAGGCGAGGAAGGUUAAACGUCAAGCCCAGGUCGCCGAUAGAGGAGAGGCAAAGAAGAAGAAGAAGAACAAGCAAGGCAAGCAUGGCAAGCAUGGCAAGCAUGGCAAGCACAAAGAGCCAGCGGCGCAAGAGGCCCAAGCCUCCUCCUCCUCAACACCAACAGGAGCAAAGUGCAAAGCAAACUGCAAACUCAACUCGGUCCAAGUCGUUACAGACACAUCGCACACCAUCCCAACCAUCGCGCGCGCAUCCGGAGCACCAGCCAAAUCUCGCCCACCAAACAGGCAAACUACAGCCGACGACCUAGAUCGUUUGACCGAUUGGCGUGCAACCUCGGCUCGAAAACGAACAGACGAUGGAUUGCCAAUCUUCACCGCCGCCGAGCUAAGGUUGGGAGAGGGUAGCGGAGAUACGCCUGACUGUCCUUUCGAUUGUCAGUGUUGUUUCUAG